UGUGUCCAAAUUCUUGUGGGCAGUAAUCGUGAAGAGGUUCUCACUCUGAGAUCCUAUCCAUUUCCUUCUUAGAGAGGGAACUGUCAACCUCCAAAACCCACCCCAGGACAGAGUAGGGCCAGGGCCAAAAGUUGGCCAUUUUCUCCACAGCUUUCAAGUCAAUCUGGACCCUGCUUAUUGUUUUUCCUUUCCCUGCCUGAACUGGCUCUCACUGUUGACAGCACUGUGCGAUUCUGUAUUUGCCAUGGCUUUCGGAGAAGGUCUGCUACGGGCCUUCUCGGGGAACCCCCUCCUCCCUGGAGACCGCAGGGAUGGGGCGCGCUAAGAAGCAGAGGACAAUCCUCAAGUCCAGGACAAGUGCUUCCAGCGCUGGGGGCAGCAGGCAGGGGCGCAGGGCGGGAGGCUCUGGGGCCCGUGGCCUCGGUGCAGGUCUGGGCUCAGCCGGGGAUUUCCUUUCAAAGGUGACUUAGAGCUGCUUCAUUAGGGGAGCGCCCUCCCAGGCGGGCGCUAAUGGCGUGUUUGGCAGAGUCAGCGAAACGCGGCGCGCAGCGGCUCCGUGGCAGGGGAGCGCCCUCUCCCGCGCCCUCGCCGUCUCCCGCGCCGGACAGCGGCGCGCACGGGGCCAUUUGCAGCGCAGGCAGCCUUGCGAGCGGCCGCGGCGCGCUGGCGGGGAGCGAGGUGGCACCAUGGCGCUGAAGAAAGACAGCAACGCCGUGUCCAUCGACAUGCUGCUGAUCGUGCACUCGGAGAAGGGGCGCGCUGCGCAAGGCACGCUCUCGGACCGGCAGGCGGACCCGGGCGCACUGCCGCAGCUCAGAGGAGGAGGGGUCGCAAAUGGAAUACGGAACUGGCAGAAAUUAGAAGGAAACUGCUUGGAUGGAAACCUGGCAGAGAAGCAGCAUCCUCAGCAGACCCAGGUCAUCACUUCCUACGACAACCAAGGGACACAGUUGACUGUGGAGGUCCACCCUCGAGACGCCAUGCCCCAGAUGCUCAAGAAGUUUUCCUUGGCUAAACGUUUACAAGGUGAUAAAAAUGGAAACACAAGACCCCGGCAGCCUGGAGGGAAAGAUGCCCAUGCCUACCCCUGGGAUCGGUCCAGCCUGAAAUCCAUGCCCCUGGACCUGCGGCAGUUUGAGAAACUGGAUGCCUAUGCCUCACAGGUGACAGUCAAGAGUGGCCUAGACGAGCUGAUGGACGACCUGCUCCAGGAGGCCCACAGCGACCUGGAGAGGGUCCGUGCCAUCUGGAUCUGGAUCUGCCACCACAUAGAGUAUGACAUUGAGGCUGCCCAGGAGAAGGACCGCCAGGCCUUCAAACCCAGCAACAUCCUGCGGACCCAGAAGACCAACUGUGAUGGCUAUGCCGGGCUCUUUGAGAGAAUGUGCAGGAUCGCUGGAGUGCAGUGCAUGACCGUGCCCGGCUACUCCAAGGGCUUUGGCUACCAGACGGGGCAGAGCUUCUCUGGCGAGUUUGACCACGCCUGGAAUGCCGUGUACCUGGAAGGGAGAUGGCACCUGCUGGACAGCACCUGGGGCAGCGGCCUGGUGGACACCAGCACCUCCAAAUUCACCUUCCUCUACAAUGAAUUCUACUUCCUGACCCAUCCCGCCCUGUUCAUCGAGGACCACUUCCCAGACAACAAGAACUGGCAACUGCUUAAACCUCCUCAAUCCCUGAGGCAGUUUGAGAACAACAUGUACCACAAGAGUGAAUUCUACAACAAGGGGAUGCUGAGUGCCCACCCGGAGACUCCCAUGAUCAGAACAGUGAACGGGAAAGCCACGAUCACCAUGGAGAGCUGUGCCCCAACGCUGUUCAUGUUCAUGCUCAAUGGCAAGCAGGAGCACGGGCUGCUGAGCCUCCAGAAGAACGGGAUGAAGCUGGACAUCUACCCUCCCACCAUGGGCACCCACAAGCUGCAGAUCUUCGCCAAAGGCAACUCUGACAUCUACAGCUCGGUGCUGGAGUACACACUCAAGUGUAACUACGUGGACUCGGGCAUCCGGCUGCCAGCCGAGCUGCACCAGCCCGUGGGCCCCAGCUGGUUCUCAGAGCAGAUGGGCAUCCUGAAGCCGUCCCACCCUGACCCCAUCAUCCACACCACAGAUGGGCGCUGCUCCAUCAGCUUCGGCGUGGAGGAGGGCAUCAGCAUCCUGGCCUCCCUGCACGGGGACGAUGGCCCCAUCACCGAGGAGACGCAGCGGCGCUACAUCUUCCAGCUGCACCGGGAGAAGCGGGUAGAGCUGAAAGUCCAGCUGCCCCAUGCCGGCAAGUUUGCCCUCAAGAUCUUCGUCAAGAAGAGGCAGGAACCGGGCAACUACGUCUUUGUCUUCAAUUAUCUGCUGUGCUGCUCCAACACCAAGGUGAACUGGCCCAUGUUCCCCGAGAGCUUUGGCAACUGGGGGCAGGACAAUGAGCUGCUGGAGCCUCUGUCCGGCGUGCUUCCCGCCAACCGGAACGUCCCAUUCAAGUUGAAGCUGCACGGUGUCGCCAAAGCCCUGGUGAAGGGGCAGGACACGUGGCCCCUGACCCUGAACGGCGAAGGCUACUGGGAGGGCAGCUGCAGCACCGCCGGCUGCCAGGAAGUCUACGUCAUGGUGCUGGAGAACGCCAACCACAGCUUCUAUUCCUACAUCCUGAAAUACAAAGUGAAUGACCAGUGAGGGCCGCGCCCGGCGCCCCCCCAGGGAGGGCCCACGGGAAGUGCAGCGAGCCCUGGACACCACUGCGUCUGCAUGAAAUCACUUCUAGGCCUCUGCCUCCGUCUCCCUGCUCUGCCGCAGGAGCGGUGAUGCUUGUGUUCUGGUGGCUUCAAUCCGUUGUGGUGACGGCCGAGGGGACAGAGGCAAAGGCCCAUUAGAAGAAAAAGGUGCUAUGUAAAUCCAAGGUAUUGUAAACUGUACACCCCCACCCAGAUGCCCCCUUCUCGUAUUAACGCUGUUGUUGUUGUUAUAGGCUUGAUGUGGGAAAGCAGGGUGUUACCCCGGCUGAGAGCUCUUCCUGCGAUGGUGAGAGAAUGAAUUCUCCUUGGGGCCCCAGAGGGACAGGAUUAGCAAGGCUGAGUCACCAUGAAUCACAGAGCCCCUUCCCAGGAGCGUCCCAGUGUUUCUCACCUGCCCUGCACCCCAGGGAAGGUUGGACUAUCACUUUUUCCCCAGACCCAUGUCUUCCGCAUUCCUGCUGCCUCUUCAUUAGGUGCUUCUUGCUCUUCAAGAGCCCCCCAGAGGAAAAAGCAGGUGUGAAGAGGAAGCUAGCACACACACACACCCCCGUCACUGUCUAGAUGCUGGUGGCCCCCACAAUCCCUGUGUAUAUUGGGAAUGUGGCAACAGAGCAAUUACGAGGAGACUGCAAAGCAGAGAUAAGCCAGUGCCCUCUCUUGGGUGUCCUGAGUCGGGGUACCCCGAGAUGGCAGUCCUGCACAGGGCUGAGUCCAUCUCAGUCCUGAGAUGGCAGUCUGCAGGAUGAGACCUCCGACUCUGCUCUCUGGGGAACCUGCGGACAGUUGGUUCAGUUGAGGGUGACCUUCCAGGACCUCUCCAAGCUUCCACCCUGCCCAGGGAGCCUCAAGAGGCCUGCCAGCCCUUGGGAGCCUUGUUGAUAACCCUAAAUACAGACCCUGGCAGGGAGGCCAGGUGAGGGAGGAGUGCAACACUUCAAUGCCAGGGAGACUUCCAUGUAACAGGGCUCUCCAGGCCCUCAGGAUUCCCCGCCAGCAAAGCCCCAGGUGGGGGGACCUCAGCUGGCCCUGGGAGCAGUUUUUGUGUGUGCCCCUAUCCCAUCUCCCUUCCUCCCUUUCCCUGACAAGAGAGACCCUUGGGGUCCCACCCUCUGUAGGGACAGUUCAGUCCCUUGCUUGCUCAGGACUGAAAAGCUUCAACUGCCCAGCUGGCCCUCAGCAGCACCUCGGGCAGGCGUUGCCAUGGCAACAGUGGAAAGGCUAGCGGGAGAGGGGAGGAUAGAGAAUGCCGUGCAUAACGGACUCAACACCAACCCAUCAUACGGAGACACUCGAGGUGGUCCCUGCUGACCUCCUGGCUUCUCCAGCUGUGUGGCCCCUGCCUAUCUCAGUGCCCUCACCCCUGAGAGCCUGCACUGCCAAGGGCUCUCCCCCCAUGGCUGCUCCAGUUGCCCCCAGGCUCAGCUACAGCCAGGGCCCACCAGGAAUCCUCACAGCCUCCUCUGCCUUCAUGCUCACAUUUAUGUAUUUAACCAAUGUUCAUGGGGCACUUAAUAAGCACCAGGCACUGUUCUACUUGCUGGGGCUACAGAGGGAACAAAGAGGGCCCUGCCCCUGUCACCCCAGAGCUCAGGGUGGGUGGCAGCAGUCUCCUCACCCAGGCCUGCCUGAGGUUCCAGGCUCCCAACACUUGAAUCCAUCAUGACCCUGGACUACCUCCCCAAAGGACACAACUGUGCCCCCAGCACAGACCUAGCCCAGAGCGAUGUUGCAACAGUGCCCGUCCCUCACCAGGCUAAGGCCCUGGAACUCCAGGGGAAUGCCCCCAUGGUGGUGCUGAGCUGCCCUGGCCUGUGUCCAGUGCCUUCUGGCAGGCUCUGCCACCCGGCAUUCAGCACCAUGUCACUUGCCUAGAAAACGCACCAAAGCCCCAGAGGAGGAACCACUGUGCACCCCGACAGGGAAACAAGGAAAGUUUUCACACCCUGAAAACAGCCUUUUCUCACACCUUUGAUUUUAUGGGCUGAAAGAAGUGCUGUUUCAUCAAAAUAAUAAGUGCCUUCAAUGAUGCAUGUCAUUCACUGGAGCCAGAGCUGGCUGCCUUCUGCUGAGAAGGACACGCAUCUUUUAAAAACAAUAUACUUAAUCAAUACAUUGUGGAAUAUGCAGAGGACACCACCUGGCAAAACAGGAGCUGUCCGGAGAACCAGAGGCAGAGGCUGGGCCUCUCAAAGUGCCUGCAGAGCAUCCGCCUGCCUCUCCGUCAUCAUUUAAACAGGCACCCCACCCCGUUUGUAAAGAUAGCUGUAGACACAGUGAGAAAAUCACCUACAUUUCUUUCCACUGAAGGAAAAAUACAUGAAAUGAAAUCCCAUAUUUAUGAAUUUUUACACGCAUGCUGCUCAGGGUAGAAUUUGGGGUUGCAUUUUGAAGUCUUUUAUUCAAAACCCCAUCUUUGUUUCCUGGUCCACGAGAGUCCCAGCGGCCGGUGGAAUGGCACGGGUGCCCCCUGGUGCCCAACGUGCAGAACUGCUGUCGCUGCGCACCUCCGUGAGGCUAAACCUACUACCGCCAGGGUUUUUCCGCAGAAUUUGAAAAAAUGCUGCUGAGAUGUUAAUGUUAAAUUCACUUGGUGCUCUCUCGUGGCUUCUCAGUGCUUCCUCGUGUGUACACCGAGCACAUUUUUGCCACACAUAAGCUGUGAAGCGAGCCUGGGGGGACUGCCUGGCGAGAAAACACGGAAUGUAAUAGGAUUUGGGCGUGCUUGGUCCAGAACACUGGGCAUGGGACUGGAUGGGACUGUUUGGACCCUACUCAGUACUACGCCAGCGAGGGACUGAAGCUGAUGGAACGCAGAGGCGAGUCCUGGGACGGCCAGCCCUCAGGCCACAGGCGGAAGGAAGGGUGUGGCGGUUGGCAAGGGAGGAAGGGUGCGGGAGCAAAUGGGCUCCACAACCACAAGUGCAAUUAACUCCUUUUCAGCUCGUUUGGGAAGCGGCACCGGCACAGCUGGACUCCGUUUUCAGUCUGAUUACAAUCAUUGUGAGUUCCCCAUAUGUUGCAUUGUCCCAUCAGGACAAACUCUGCACACACAGCCUGCUGAGACUGAAGGGAAAUAAAGAGAAGAACUGAAGCAUGAAGGAUUUAGGCUAGACAUAAAGAACCAUUUCCUGUUGUUAAGCAGGAGGAACGAGUUGCCGAGAAAGUUUUGUGAAAUCCUCUUCUCCAAGGGCUUGGAAAGUGGAAAGGUUUUCCCAGUGGACUGAGGUGUUAGAAGCCACGCAAACCGCGGGGACUAGGCUCUCUCCAAACCAUUUCGACUGGAAACCCACUUGAUCGCCUACAGGGUCCGUGGUACUGCCUGGCCUUUGCUGUUGGCAACGUGUACGGAAGUGGUGCUCCCCUGUCUCACGUCAGUUUCUCUGUGUUCCAUCCUUCCCCUUCCUUUGGAGCGAGCAGUGGGACAGCUGAAGAGGUGAUCGCUCCUCACAACGCGAGCACUGACUUGUGGGGGCGGGUGGCUGCUGGGUGAGCUUUUCCCACAUUGUUGCGGGUGUUGUUUUCCAAUAAAAUUUAUAUUCAUUUUUAUCCAA